AUGGUCCGAGCGCAAUCGGACGCGGACGACGCCGGUUGGAGCAGCGCAGAGGAGGCUGCCCGGCCGGAUGCGGAGGAAGUAGCUGGCCGGGGCAGCGUGGGAGAUGCCGGCCGGGGCGGCGCGGAAGAUUCUGCCCGGCCGGAAGCCGGGGAAGGAGGGUUGACCGGCGGGGCCGCGUCUGAGCGGCCUGCCGGCCAGAUGGAGGAAGAGGUCCCUGCCCCAGAGCGCACGGGGGCCAGGAACGAGGAGGCCGCGGCGGCGGCGGCGGCGCAGACGGCGCCGGUGAAUGAGGUGCCGGCGUUGGAGAUGCCGGUGGUGGAGAUGACGGAGAUGAGGGCGCCGGUGUGGCUCGAGGACCUGAGGGAGGUCGCCCCGAACGCUGCACCCGGCGCUGACGGCCCGUUCGCCGACAUCGCCUCUACCUCCGAGGGUGGCCUCGGUGACGGACCGUCCGAGGGGUCCGGUCAGGGGGCCAACUGGGCGAUUAUCCAGCCCGAGGUCCCCUCGGAUUUUGUCCGCGCCGAGCGGGAGGAGGAUGCGCUUGGCAGGCACAGCUUAACGUCAGCGCCGAGAUCGAGAUCAAUAUCGCUCGUGCCUUGCAGCUUCUCAAGGAGAUGA